UGAAAGCGAAAGCUGGGGCGGCUAGCCCCGAGAGAGUCUAGAGCUAGCAACUGGAGCAGCAUGGCCAAACCUUGUGUGGUUCGCCUGAGCGGAGAAGCCCGUAAGCAGGUGGAUGUCUUCAGACAAAAUCUUUUCCAGGAGGCUGAUGACUUCCUCUCCACAUUCUUGCCACGGAAAAUCAUAUCCCUGAGUCAACUCUUACAGGAGGACUCCCUCAAUGUGGCCGAUCUCUCCUCCCUCCGGGCUCCUCUGGACAUCCCCAUCCCAGAUCCCCCACCCAAGGAUGAUGAGAUGGAAACAGACAAGCAGGAGAAGAAAGAAGUCCCUAAGUGUGGCUUUCUCCCUGGGAAUGAGAAGCUUCUGGCCCUGCUUGCUCUGGUUAAGCCAGAAGUCUGGACUCUCAAAGAGAAAUGCAUUCUGGUAAUCACAUGGAUCCAGCACCUGAUCCCCAAGAUUGAGGAUGGGAAUGAUUUUGGAGUGGCAAUUCAGGAGAAGGUGCUAGAGAGAGUGAAUGCUGUCAAGACCAAAGUAGAAGCCUUCCAGACAACCAUUUCCAAGUACUUCUCAGAGCGUGGGGAUGCUGUGGCCAAGGCCUCCAAGGAGACCCAUGUAAUGGAUUAUCGGGCCUUGGUGCAUGAGCGAGAUGAAGCAGCCUAUGGGGAGCUCAGGGCCAUGGUGCUUGACUUGAGGGCCUUCUACGCCGAGCUUUAUCAUAUCAUCAGCAACAACCUAGAGAAAAUUGUCAACCCAAAGGGUGAAGAGAAGCCAUCUAUGUACUGAGCUAAGGAUUAGAAGGAGAAUAAAUGAUUUGUACUUUA